AUGUCCUAUCAGCAGCAGGAACAAUGCAAGCAGGCCUGUCAGCCACCUCCUGUGUGCCCACCGUCCAAGUGUCCUGAGCCAUGCCCACCCCCGAAGUGCCCAGAGCCAUGUCCACCACCAAAGUGUCCAGAGCCAUGUCCACCUCCCAAGUGUCCUGAGCCAUGUCCACCUCCCAAGUGUCCUGAGCCAUGCCUACCUGUGAAGCACCCAGAGCCAUGCCCACCAUCUGAGUUCUGUCAGCAAAAGUACCCUCCUGUGCAGCCACCACCAUCGUACCAGCAGAAGUGA